AAUGCCUGCUGUCAAAGUGAAAAACAUAAAAUCCAUUCUAAACAAAACAAAACAAGAGCCAUCUCCUAAAAUUUAUCAAUUUCCUUAAUUUUUCUUUACCUGCAAGAUCCAAAAGUAAUCCGCGAAAAUGGGGAAAGGUUUUAACAAUUACAUGUGCAAAAAGUUUUUCCAUCCCGCCUCACGGGACAAUCUCAAGCGGGUAUGGAUGGCGGAGCAGCAAGCUGACGCGUACAAGAAAAAACAGGAAGAGCUCCGGAACCAGUAUGAAAAGGAGCAGGAAUUGCACGACAACAAGGCUAUGCUCAGCCGCGACAGUAAGGACAAACUGAGCGUCAACUUUAUGUACGAGCUCCCCCCGGGCAUGAAGAAGGAGCGUGAGCAGGAAUCAAACGAAUCCGAGUACAAGUUUGAAUGGCAGCGCAAGUACAAUGCACCACGUGAAAGCUACUGCAAGGGAGACACGGAGAUUCGUGACCAGCCGUUCGGCAUACAGGUGCGCAAUGUUCGCUGCAUAAAGUGCCACAAAUGGGGACACAUUAAUACCGAUAAGGAAUGCACCAUGUACUCCCUCUCGAUGAGUGAAGCGAAGAAAAUCCAUUCCGAAGCUGAAGCCAAUCAGGUUCUGUCGAAGGGUGAGCUGGAGCAGCAGUUGCGAGACGAUGGUCUCGCAAUGAAGCGUAGCGCACAGGAGCUGGUAACGUCACACAAGCUCGUCGCGGACCCGGAAGUAGAGCAAGCCGAACCGGAGACAGAGUUCAUCCGCUCGCUGACGAAGAAGCAGAAGAAGAAACUGUUGAAAAAGUUGGAAAAAAUCGAGCGGCGGCAGCGAUCGUCUAAAAAGAAAGGUAAAAAACGUUCCAGCUCUAGCAGCUCCAGCAGUAGCUCCGAUUGCAGCAGUUCGUCCGCUUCUGAUUCCGAGCCGGACACUCGUGCUUCGAAAAAGAAGAGCAAAAAAUCGGCCAACCAUCGUUCGGAUGGGCGAAAUGGUGAUGGUGGCGAUCGGCGGGAGCGUGAAAGGGGUCACGAUAGACGGGAAAACCGCCGACACCGUAGUCGGUCGCGUUCACCACACGCUGCAGGACCAUCACGCAGCCAUGAUACGUCCAAGCACAGCAAGCGCCGAGAUCGUUCCGUUAGCCCACGGCGUGAGCGCAGUAGGCGUUAAAGAUGUAAUCGAGCGUCUCAGAGACAACUCU